AUGUCGUUCGAGUUGCCGAAGAUCUCGUAUGAGUACAACGCGCUGGAGCCGUUCGUGGACACGGCGACUAUGAACAUCCAUCACACCAAGCAUCACCAGGCUUACGUGAACAAUAUUAACAAAUACAUCGGAUCUGACAAGGGCGGCGCUCUCAAGGGCAAAUCCAUUCUUGAGGUAGUAAAGUCAGCCACUGAUGCGCCUGUGCGCAACAACGGUGGCGGUCACUACAACCACUCGCUCUUCUGGACGUGGAUGACGUCGCCGGGAUCAACCAAUACGGCCCCACACGGCAAUCUCAAGACCCGCAUUGACGAGGAUUUUGGCUCACUUGACCAGAUGAAGCAGGAGUUUAACGCUGCCGCGUCGACACGCUUUGGCUCGGGCUGGGCUUGGCUUGGUGUGAAGGACGAUGGCAAGCUCGCCAUCACGUCUACCCCUAAUCAGGAUAACCCACUGAUGCCUGGCGUGGACCAACCACUCAUUCCCAUCCUGGGUCUGGAUGUGUGGGAACACGCCUACUAUCUCAAGUACCAGAACCGCCGCCCUGAGUACAUCUCAGCGUUCUGGAAUGUGGCCAACUGGGAUAAGGUCGUUGAGUACUAUGACAACUUUGCCUCGAAAGGCAAGGCCGUGGACAUUUGA